AUGCAAUUACUUCGCUUUACAAAGCUGCGAGCAGCCUCAACUACAAGCACCACACAGGUCACGAAAUGUUCGCGUAGCUUUGGGCUUCAUCCAGUGCAAAAGGCUACCCAGAGUCGGGCAUAUGCCAGCACGCGCAGUAUCCCCAAUUUGAAGAAUAGCGAUGUCCCAUGGAUAGCAGGUGCUGCUAUGGUCACCGUUGGCGGUCUCUAUCUCGCUAGCAACCAGAAUCUACGCCACGGAUCAAGUCACGACACCCAAGCGAAGGCGCAUAAGGCUCAGAGGCAGUUGGGCGGCGAGAAUGACGCGCCUUCCGAGAAAGAAUCCACUGCAGAAGGCCAUGCAGCGUCUAUAGUUGGCGCUGGGGAAAGUUCUGCGGAUAGGCCUAAGCAUGAACCCGAACCCGAGUCCCAGAAUGGUAAGAGCAACGAAGCCAUGGGCCACACAAAGAUUCAGAAGAAAGACGACCCCAGCCAACCGGGUGCUGGCAGGCCCGACCCUGGUGAAGAAGCAGGCCUGGUGGGUCAUGGACCGAAAGAAUCUCCAAAAUCUAUGGAGUCAGGAGCGGCGCCUCCGGACGUGUCUGAUAAGCCCGAUCCUCGCGGAAAGCCCAAGAGCCAAAACGAGACUUCUGGAAAGCAAGAGGGCCUAUCUAAUGCCGACACUCACCAUACCUCCCAAGUAUCCAGUCAGCCAGAAAAGAGCAAGAAGGGUGAAGGUGUUGCUGAAAGUGCCAAGCUCAAAGGCACCGUCUCUACCAACCGACCUGGUGCUGAGAACAAAGAAGAACGAGGCAAGGCUCAGAUGGAGAAAAGGUAG